CGCACCGCCGCCACCAAUUAUGUGCGAUCGUCAAAGCAUCCUCACAAUCAUCCUCGAUCAACCUUUUAUGUAGAGGAUAGUGCGACCGAUGCGGAGAUGCUAAGCUCUAAUGCACACGCAACACAGUGGACAAAACCGUUUAAGGCUAUACUAUUUCUUUGCUUUACUCACUUAUGUGAUAAUUGAAACUUCUCUCAACAUGUACACCAACCACUUUCAUAGCUGUCGUGGUGAAAGCGAUUGUGGUAAUGGAGCCGCCCAGUAUGGCCUGAUGUAAUUCAUCUUUUUAUUGCAUUUUCUCUGAAAGUGAGAAAGCUGUGCGACUGCAGGUGAAUUGCUCAUCCUCCAUACCACAUCCAAAGGACGAGGAAAAGACGACUGAUUUCGAAUGCUACUGCUGUUCUGUUACGAUACUGCUGAACUACUUCGUCUUUUAGGUCUAGUGUAGACCUCAUGAAAAUUAUUGAAGUAGUUUGAGCAGCGUCAUAUAAAAAGACAUUGUGGCGAAAAUGUCGGGACGCAAGAAGGAUUUCAGCACCCUACUGUCAGAGCAAAAGGAAAAGAAUUAUGGCACAUUCAACAUUCCGCCAAAUUUACUAAACGACUUCUUCUAAGUAUGUUGUUCUUCUAAUAUCUACCAGCCGGAACAUCAUCCUCUUCAAAAACUACUACUAACGUGCAGCAGAAUAACACCAAUGAUCUGAGGGAUCAUCUGAAGUCAUCUUCUAGCUCUAGUACAGUACAGCGAGGACAACAUAACGGACGGAUGUUCAUGGGGAGCACAUCAUCUGCGUCUACAGCUGGCGCUCAACUUGAACGUGAGACCCUUCUUCGUGGGACUAGUUCCUCUUCUAGCGCAAGCUUUACAGAAGCAAACGCCUUCAGUAAGCAAGGGCCAACUUCAAGCAGUAAUGCUAUCUUCGAGACGUUUGGGAGAGUAUUUGGCGACGAGGAGAGCGACUGCGAUGCUAAAACCGUGGAUAAUCGAUGGGACAACGACCCAGCUUGGUCAGACGAUGAUUUGAAUUCUACAGCAGGCAACGACAGCAAACCUAUGUACGUGGAGAAACC